UUGCAGAUUUUCUAUUUCAAUUUUGUUGUUCACGCUAUUUAAGCCUUUUGUUUCAUUUUGUAGCUUAAGUAUAUUUCACAGGAAACAUAGAAUUUGCAGAAUGGAUAUAGACAAGAGUUUAAGAAAACGUAAAGAUAAAAAAAAAUCUAUUGAGGUCAACGAACUAGGAGAAAAAUGUAUAAAAGAGUCAUCUGAAGUAGCAAAUAGAGAAAAUGUGAAUGAGUCAACUGUAAAAAGUGAUAAUGACCCUUCUACAUUAUUUACUACAGCCAAAGGCGAAAGCUCUAAAAACGGUCCAAAAGGCUUUUAUCUAAAAUUUGAGAUUGAUAUUGUGUUUUUAUUGUUAUUGGGACUUGCACUGUGGACUCGUACAUACAAUUUAGAGGAGCCUCGAUAUAUUGUAUUUGAUGAACUACAUUACGGCAGAUAUGUAUCACUAUAUACUAAGGGGGUAUUCUUUUUUGAUGCUCACCCACCACUUGGUAAACAAUUAUUAUACUUAGCGGGCCGGCUUGGCGGCUACAAUGGAAAUUUCACCUUUGAUAGAAUAGGGUCCCCCUAUACAGACUCUGUGCCUAUCAGAGCACUGCGAAUGGUUCCUGCUAUUAGCGGUAGUCUGCUUGUGGGCAUUACUUAUCAAUUAAUGUUAGAAGUUUCUACAUAUCAAUGGACCGCUGUACUGGCAGCUUUGUUAGUUCUAUUUGAGAAUUGCUUUCUUACACAGUCAAGAUUUAUGUUGUUGGAGAGCAUACAACUACUGUUUGGUUUGUGUGGAAUUUAUUGUGUAAUCAAAAGCACUACUAAGACAGGCCCUACUUCAAUACUGUGGCUUUGUGUCGGAGCAGUUUCCCUUGGAUGUUGUUUUUCAGUUAAAUAUUCAGGCAUUUACACAUAUUAUUUAGCACUUUUUUUGGUUGGAAGACAAAUGUGGCAAAGAAUUGGUUGUACAGAAUCCACCUUGCGUCUUGCCCUGUCUAUAGUUUGGCGAUCAUUUGUAUUAGUAACAUUGCCACUCAUUGUGUACAUUGGUGUAUUUUAUGCACAUUUGGCAAUGCUACCAAAAGCAGGUCCUCAUGACAGUGUUAUGACAAGUGCAUUUCAAGCUUCACUCCAAGGAGGACUUGCUAGCAUUACAAGGGGACAGCCUCUUCAUGUAUCACAUGGAUCUCAAAUAACUUUAAGGCACUCUCACGGACGGACUUGUUGGUUGCACUCUCACGCUCAUGUGUACCCGGUGCGCUACACCGACGGCCGAGGCUCUUCGCAUCAACAGCAAGUCACAUGCUACAGUUUCAAAGACGUCAACAACUGGUGGAUAGUGAAGCGUCCGGAGCAGGCCUCACUGGCGGUCUCCAGCCCGCCGGACGCCAUCCGCCAUGGCGACGUGGUGCAGCUGCUGCACGGCAUCACCAGUCGCGCCCUCAAUUCCCACGACGUCGCCGCACCUGUCUCGCCACAAUCACAGGAAGUGUCUUGCUACAUUGACUACAAUGUGUCAAUGCCAGCUCAGAACUUGUGGCGAGUGGAGAUUGUGAACCGCGACAACGAGGAGGCAACUUGGGACAGCAUCAGGUCGCUCGUGCGACUCAUACACGUGGACUCCGGGUCCGCGCUGCGGUUCAGCGGCAGACAGCUGCCAUCCUGGGGCUUCCACCAGCACGAAGUAGUCGCAGAUAAAGUUGUGACGCAUCAGGAUACUAUAUGGAAUGUUGAGGAACAUCGAUACACAAAAGCCGAAGACAGGCGCGAGCGGGAACGGGAGCUAGUAUCGGCCGAAAUGAUCCCAACGGCCGUGACGCAGCUGUCGUUCUGGGCCAAGUUCAUGGAGCUGCAGUACAAGAUGAUAGCGCACGCGCCGGACGCGCCCAGCGGACACAUGUUCGCCAGCGAGCCCACAGAGUGGCCCCUUCUCUCCAGAUCCAUUGCGUACUGGUUGUCGCCGCAUUCUAAUGCGCAGAUUCACCUGAUCGGGAAUCUUGUGACGUGGUACGCGGGAACUCUUUCGGUCUUACUGUACAGCGCGUUGCUGGCGUUGUAUGCUAUCCGGCAGCGACGUAUGUGUGAAGAUUUACCACUACAAGCGUCUCAUCAAUUUUACAACGCCGGGUGCAUUCUUUUCUUAGGAUAUUGGCUACAUUAUCUUCCAUAUUUCUUUAUCGAUCGUACUCUUUUUCUACACCAUUACUUACCUGCCUAUAUUUUUAAGAUAUUACUACUAACGUAUGUAAUAGAUCAUGUGUAUUUUGUUUUACAAUUGAGAGAAAAAACGCGUGCAUUUACCAAUGUGUUCAUUAUAGGGAUAACUGUAUGGCUAGCAUAUGUUUUGCUCACUUUUGUAAAGUUUAGUGUUCUCAGUUAUGGCAACACUGACUUAAAUGAAAAUGACCUUAUGAAUCUAAGAUGGAAAGAUACUUGGGACUUUAUUCUGCACAAGCGAGGUUGACUUUUAGUUAUGUAGUUAUUUAUAAUCAAUUAUUUAUAAGCUAACUUUUCAUAAUACUCAAUUUAUGUUUAGUUAUAUUCAGUUUAGUCAUUGUGUUUGAGUAUUUUAUUUUUUUUAUUGUAGAGCAAAUUGUAUGUUAUUUAAAUUAAAAAAAAACUUAUUAUAUAAUUGUUAAUACAAAUAUGCAGCUCCAUUUAGCUGUAAGCUUUACUUGUACAAUGAGAGCUUUAAUGUAUACACAUAUUCCGUCCAUAAUAUUGUUUUAUGUACAAAACUUUUAUUACAUAGAAAUAAUUAAA